CCCCCAAAACGGUAGCAAGGAUCGAGACAGCAGGGAAGCACUUGCUUCCGUUUCGGUUCGCGGCACAUUUUUGCGGGCUUUAUCGAACCAAAAACCGGUUAAUAUCGAUCGGCAGUCUAUGUUCCGUCCGUCGGUUCGUCCGAAUUCGCGUGAUCCGUAGAUUUGACGCUUUUCCGUUUGUUCGCGGUUGACCGCCUAUUCUUCUGUUCUACUGUUUCGGGUCGCGUGGCCACCACACCAAUUCACACGAAUUGUGAUGCUCUACGAUUCGUUACUACGGUUACGGCGAGCAACAACAACAACUCUCCAUGAUGGUGGUCGUCGCAGUGAGCACGUUUCGCCAGUUCGCGGUCAAGUUCAAUGGAACCGGUGGUGGAACUGCGCUGAACGUAGUAGGCGGCGGCGGCAUCGGCAGCAACAACAGUGUUUCAGCGAUAAAAAGCGGCAUCCGUGAGCAGCUGCUUAGUAGACCCCGUUACUGCACUACUACUACUGGUGGUGGUGGUGGAGGUGGCACCAUCGUCGUGAGCACCAGAACCUGCAGUAGCAGCUCACGUACUUCCGCCAGUGCCUUCGCUGGAGCAGCAACUGCGGCGGGCAAUGGCUUCGUUCUGCGGGGAAAUGUCACCGACGACGGUCGUUCAUCGCAGCAACCGCAGCGAAGGACACUUUACGGGCAGUCGCUCAAGCUGAAUUUGCUCAGCGAAAUCUACUGCCAUGGCAAGCUGCUCGAGACGGUCCAGAUGGCGAGCAUCUAUCCGGACUCGAAGACCUUCGUCGACAUGAAGAUGAAGAAGACGCCCAACGAGACGUUGGCCGCGUUCAACGAUUUCAUGGAGCAGAAGAAAGAAGCGCCGACCACGGCCGAAAUCAAGGAGUGGGUCGAGACGAUGUUCGAGAAACCGGGAGCCGAAUUCGAGGAAUGGAUCCCCGACGACUGGAUCGAGAGUCCCCGUUUCCUGCAGAACAUCAAGGAUCUCGACCUGCGCGACUUUGCCAAGAAGCUGAACGGCGUGUGGCACCAGCUGGGCCGCAAGAUGAUCGCGGACGUUGGCAUCAAUCCAGAACAGUAUUCCAUCAUUCACGUUGACCAUCCGGUGAUUGUACCAGGAGGUAGAUUUAGAGAAUUCUAUUACUGGGACUCGUACUGGAUUGUGCAGGGACUGCUACACUCGGAGAUGUACAAGACGACCCGUGGAAUGUUGGAAAACUUCCUUUCCAUUGUUCAGCGGUACGGCUUCAUUCCGAACGGUGGUCGCAUCUACUACAGCAUGCGAUCGCAGCCACCGCUACUGUGCGGAAUGGUCAAGUCCUACGUGGACACCACCAAGGACACCCAGUUUGCCAUGGACGCCGUGGAGACACUGGAGCGGGAAUUCGAAUUCUUCAUGAACAACUACGUUGUGGAGGUGAACGGACACCAACUAGCUGCAUACGGAUACAAAUCGAGCGGGCCGCGGCCCGAGUCCUACCGCGAGGAUGUAAUCAGUGCUCAAGUGUUCGACAAGGAAGAAGACAAGCAGGAUUACUAUUGCGAAUUGAAAGCAGCGGCUGAAAGUGGAAUGGACUUUUCCAGCCGAUGGUUCAUCAAGGACGGAACAAAUCAGGGAAAUCUAACAGAUCUGAAGUGCCGAUCGAUCAUUGCCGUAGAACUUAACGCGAUCCUUUACUGGAACGCGAAAAUCAUUUCGGAAUUCUAUGCACUCAAAAACGACACCCAGAAGGCGCAGCUGUACGAAGCGAAGGCCGAACAGAUCAAGAAAGCCAUCGACGCAGUACUGUGGAACGAGGACGAAGGAGCCUGGUUGGACUACGAUCUGAUCAACAAGAAACACCGGCACUACUUCGUCCCGACCAAUCUGUCGCCGCUCUGGAUGGGAUGUUACAAUAAGGAUGACACUAGCCUACCGAAGAAGAUAUUGGCCUACAUCGAGCGGAACGAGCUGGACAAAUACCCGGGAGGAGUGCCGAACACGAUGGCCGACACCAACGAGCAGUGGGACUUCCCGAACGUGUGGCCACCGAUGCAGCACAUGCUGAUCGUAGGCCUGGACGGCCUGAACAGCCAGGAAGCGAAGGAUCUGGCGUUCAAGUGGGCCCAACGGUGGGUGCGCGGAAACUACCUGGCGUUCAACGAGACGCACGCCAUGUUCGAGAAGUACAGCGCAGUCGAGUUGGGCGGCCAUGGAGGCGGCGGCGAGUACGAGGUCCAAACCGGAUUUGGCUGGUCCAACGGUGCCGUAAUGGAUCUGAUGAACAAAUAUGGCGACCGGCUAACGACAGAUGACAGCAAAAACGCUGGAGGAGGUGCACUGGUGUCAUAUUCGGUGAACACGGGUAUUAUAGCGACAAUCGUCGCUUUCGUCGUAGGAAUAUUCGGGUCAGAAACAACUCGAUGAUUUUAGUAAAAUUUUUGUGUUGACUAAGCCUGAAUUUGUGUGCCACUAGAAGCGAUUGCGCCCGUAUAUCUCAUCAAAAUCAUUCCAUUCUAGGAUAGCAAAGCGUGAUAUUGUAAACCUACACGGAGAGACGAAACUACCCAAAAGUGAGUUCUUUCCACCCAACUUCGGGGUUGCGUGCGUCAAGCCAAUUUUGAGUUGAUGGAAUCGAUGUUUUUGUUGGGUUGUUCCCGCUUGCUUCCAUGUAAAAAAAAUACCUAAUUUUAAGUUUUUUCCACCCAACCGAAAUUUUGACUAGGUUGUAUUCACUCAAAUUUGAGUACUGUGCUAGAAACUCAAUUUUGGCUUGACGCACGGAACUGCAAAAGUUGGGCUGUUUCUCUCUUCACUCUCUGACAACAACAGAAAGAGCGCAUGAAAAGGGAGAUGAAAAAGAACUCAAAAUUGAGUUUAAAAGUACCUAAUUUUGAGUUUUUCAGUUUCUCCGUGUAAGGCAUGAUCCGUGAUUACCAAAUCCAACAACCGUUGAAUGUUUCUCGUUUCGUCGUUUAAGAAACAAGUCAAGAUUCACUACGGCGCCAUACAAAGUUCCUUUAUAGUUUCGUGCAUUAUAACCUUCUGCAACAGUUACCUUACAUAUAUGUACACGCAUAUUUUGAGUCGUAACAAAAUAUUGUCGUAGACAUGUCACAACAGUAUUUCGCCCAAUUAUGAUUAUUGUCUUAUUUUAUUAUUUAUUCUUUCGAUACAGCAUCUUCCGUCGAUUUUUCGGUCGGUAAGUCCCCGUUGAGUGCAUAUUUAGCCAAAUUAAGAAUUAAUUUAAUAAUAAAUUUACCAAUAAUUAAAAAAA